AUGUUUCGAGUCGAGCUUCUUCCUUCAAAUUCCCACGCCCAACCGGGCUGGUCCUACGUCGCCGACCGAGGCUUAGGCCCAUCCAAAGCCGCCACAGCCCCAGCCCUCGGCCGCAAACGCGGUAUUCGCGACGCCGGCAAAGGCGGCGACAUCUCCUCACGACGCGCCAAUGCCAUCGCGCGACACAUUGCCGAACUUGACCGCGAGAAUCAACGUGAUGUGGCAAUCCCCGUCCCCGUGAAACAAACCAAGGAAGCCGGAGCGCGCAAGACCCGCGAAAAGACCACCUCGAACGUGCGCCGCAUCCUGAUGUCACAAAAGACUUUCAAGAAUCAUCUCGAUGACGAGGAAGCUGCCAUCGCUGCCGGUGGGGGUGGCCUCAGUGCCGUGCAGAUUGGAGGGGGAGGGGCCAAUAUGAACGCAGCUGCGGUGGCUGCUGCUGUGAAGGCAGGCAAAGAUGCAGUCGCGGCGACGGUUGCGCGACGAAGCUCUACACCUAUAACGACUUCUUCCACCCCAGCCGCACGUCGAAAGAGACCUUCUGCUGCGGUUACUGCGACAUCAACACCUACCCCUGCCCCUUCACAACCGGACACGACCGAUGCAGAGACCGAGAAUGAUGCGGAAGAACCGAAGCCGAAGCUGUUGAAGACCGAAUAUGACAACGACCCGCUUCUACAAUCUUAUGCUCCCAAUAUGCCAUCAGAUCGCAUCAUGCAGCUCCUUCUUGCUGAACCGGCACUUUCUUACAAUGCAUCGCGUGUUGCGCCACCGCACGCUUCACAGCCGCCGCGGAAUUUCUGCUACAUGUGUGGGUAUUGGGGCAAGAUUCGGUGCAAAAAUUGCCAUGUGCGAACAUGUGGACUUGAUUGCUAUCGUCUUCAUGAGGAUUCGAGAUGCGGUGCCUUCUUUUAG